CUCAGCAUCAAUAUACAUACAUACGCAGAAUUGGCCACUUAUUUGCAGUGAAUAAAAUAUUUCCCAAAAAGAAACAAUGUGCUACUUUCUUUUUCUUUUUCUUUUUCUGCUGACUAAAUCAAUAAUUUUGUGUUUAUGCAAGUACCUUGGCGUCCUGAUAGAAAUACAAUUCUUGUCUUAACCAAAGCAAAAGACAAUAAACUUGUAUUGUUCACUCGUCAACUAGUUGAGUGGCUCAUAUUUACACCUCGUUUUGGCAAAAAUAAACCUUUUAUUGUUUUUGUUGAUGCUCAUUUAAAACAUGCUCCAUUGUUUGGUUAUAAUGAACUGAAAAAACAAGAUUCAGCUUGGGAGACGCAUUUGAAGUUUUGGACACCUCAAUUCUGUUAUGAUUCACCUGACUUGUUUAAUUUAAUCAUCACAUUGGGUGGUGAUGGUACAGUUUUGUUUACUUCGUCAUUAUUCCAAUCCAAAGUACCUCCUGUCGUACCUUUUCAUUUAGGUUCUUUGGGUUUCUUAACUCCCUUUUUGUUCACGACGUACAAAGAAGAAUUGAGUCGUUUGUUUGAAGGACAAUUGAAAAGUGUACAGCGUAUGCGUCUUGUCUGUACAGUCUAUCGUCUAAAAACAGAAAAUAGCUCUGAUUUGACAGAUGAGACUGCUUGGAUGAGAAGUGUCUUUCUUGGUUUAAAGGAAAACAUGAUUUCUGUACCAGAACAAACUCAUCAUGUACUGAAUGAAGUUGUCGUUGAUCGAGGACCUAGUGCCAACAUGUCCUUACUUGAAUUGUUUAGUAACAAUCGACAUUUAACCACUGUACAAGCAGAUGGACUUUGUAUUGCUACUGCUACUGGAUCAACAGCUUAUUCGCUCUCUGCAGGUGGUUCAUUGACACAUCCAAGCAUGCAAUCUACCUUAAUCACACCUAUUUCACCCCAUGCAUUAAGUUUUAGACCACUCGUGUUACCGAAAGAGCAUACAAUACGUAUUGUCGUUCCUUUUGGUUCAAGAUGUACUGCUUUCUGUAGCUUUGAUGGUAGAAAUCGAGUUGAACUUGGACACGGAGACCAUAUCAAGAUUACCAUAUCACCUCAUCCUAUCGAAACAUAUUGUGCUCAUGAUGCUGAUCAUGACUGGUUUACUUCCAUACAAACGUCGCUUCAUUGGAAUGUACGUCAACGUCAGAAAUCGUUUGUCACUGCACCUUCUAUUAGAAACCAAAACGAAUUUGAUCUUUUGCCCUGGUCUGAUCAAGAACUUAAACGACACACAUCUAAACUAUAAUAAAUUUAUU